CUGUUCUAGGAAAAGAAUCAACAUGGAUUAUUGAAUUUAAAGUCGAAUUUUAAAAAUAGCAGACGACACUGUACAGGUUUGCUCAUAAACUGCAAGCGAUAAAGUACUGUCCAUAAAAAAUGUUAGAAUUUUUAUUUAUUUAUUUAUUUAUUUAUUUAACUGUGAGAAUUACAUGUAAAACCAAUAUAAAAAAAACAACAACAAACAACCCACCACACAUUUUAUGUCGACUUCCUACAACAACCACAUUUUGAAAGUUCUCACUUCUGUACAUCUCAAAAUGCUCUUUUUUUUUUUUACUUUUGUCUUUUUGUUACAAAACGUUUCCAAAACCUUCUCAUUCACCGCAGUUAGUCUUACCUAUAUGAACGAGUACCUCUUAUGUUUUAACCAAAUUCAUUAUUUAAAAGUGAGAAAACUAUCAAAUCAACCACCUUUUAACACAGCUUCCUUGUCCGAUAUUUUCCCUUUUGCACCAAUGCCCCUGUGAACGCCCUCUGAUUUGCGAAGAAAAAGAGAACUGACCACAUCCUGCGCUCAAGCUCUACAAUGCCUCACUUCAUCAUUAAAUUAUUGAUCUUGGUGACUUGGUUGUCUCAAGCUCAAGGUCGAGAAAUACAUCCAGCAAGGAUUUAUGCAGUUAAAAACAGAGGCAAACUGGAGUUCACAUGCAGUACACAUGGGAUGAAGGAAACAUUCGAGAAGAACAGCAACUUAUAUAUUUACCUCUGUAGGAAUGGCACUGGCAUAGCCAUGAAAUCAGAUUGUCAAGAUGUUACACUUGUGUCUUUUCAUCGGAUAAGUAUGAUCCCGAGGUUGUAAGAGGAAAUGGCAUAAAUUCAAUCUUCAUUACUGUGAAUGGUAAGAUUUUUAAAAAUCGUUUUUUUUUCUGCUUUUUGUUACCUAAUCAUAUGAUAGUUAAUAAUAAUGCCCAGAUAUGCAUUUACUUUAAUUCAUAAUUCUAUCAAUUGCUUCGCCUCAUAUUCAGAUUCGUUCAUCCCGGCGGAGAUAGCCUCGCCGGAGACGAGUGUAAAAAUGGGAAGUGAUGUUGAUCUCCAGUGUACCUCUUUAAAAUUACCCGAGAGGAACCAAAAAGGCAACGUUUAUGCCUAUCUGUACAAGAACGGUUACACAGUGCAGAACGGCAAUGUAAUUCAGAUGAAUAUUUGGGACACAGUGAAGAACAAGGCAAGGUUUACUCUAAAAGAAGUCACGAUGCGAGACGCUGGAACGUACUUCUGUUUUCUGAUGUCAGAGCCAUGCACUUUCCCUAAAGAAGUGCAUGGCAUCAAUGAAGUCAACCUUAACAUUACUGAAUAUGUUAAUGAAACUCUAAAGAUUACUCUUGGUUGUUCUUCUCUGCUGCUGCUGAUUAUUUUGUCUCUUGGACUUUGGGGAAUGUUUCAUAAGCAAGGUUGUUUUAAAUGCCACAGUGAAAGAUCUACCGAACAUAGGAAUGACUCAAGAGACGCAGAGCUGGACCAAGGGUGUCCAAAAAGUCUCAGUACAUUGGGCACUACGUAUGCCAGCAUCCUGUCGGUUGUGCCAGCGGAUGUUCAUGGACGUCCUCGUCUCGGUGAAAUGCAGAAUGAACAGAGCUUUGGUACAGAAUGGGAAGAUUCUGAAGACAGUGCUAGUGCUUCACUUCAGGACAUUUAUCAGGUGUGUGAUGAUCCAUAGAAAAAUCAGAAGUGUGGCUGCAGGAAUACGGCUAGACCGGAAUCUCCAGUACUAUUCUAUACUCUAAACUAUUAUAAACUAGUCAAAUGAUACACAGCUCACUUUUCUUGGCAAUAUAGAUAUAAGCAAAACGUUAUACGGUAAUCUGUGGUAUUAUAACCCACAACUGUCUCACUGAUAUAAAAGAAUACCAGUUCAAAACAUCCACAGAAAAUGUGCCUAAUGUUUACUGGAUAACAAUUUUGUAUGGUCAACUACUUUUGUAAUUCUAAGGUGACGAUUUAACAAACGUUCCUAUUGUAUACGAACUAUUGCAUAGGAAGCAAUAGCAAGUGUUUUAAACUUUUAAACUAUAUUUCAUUAUUUAGGUCCUUUCUAUUUUCAUUUCAUUUAAAUAUGUAGGCUUAUAUAUGCUUAAGAGUAGCAUUUUCAUUCUAAAUAGGAUAAAUAUUUCUGGUUAAAGAAAUUUCAGAAGGAACAAAUGGUUAGAAUAAGACAAAAGGAAAGAAAAACUAAACACAACAUAGAAGGUGCUUUCUGAUGAAGAGAGAGUCUAAUUCUAAAAAGAUAAGAAUUGGGCACUUUUCAUUUAUUUGCUACUGAUGUAUGUCAACACGUUUCAUCAAAUGUACUGAGUAAGUGCUAUAUCAAGAGACUGACAAGUAAUUAAUUACAUCAGAUGACAGGAACAACUUUUCAGGCAAACAAACAUGACUUAUAGUAUAUAUAAAUAAAGGAAGGUAUUGAAGAAAAACUAUUUCAGACAUUUGACCUUGCUGUGACCUUGACCGUAUUUGGCUCAAUCGCAAAAUCAAAUCAGUUCAUCCACCGGUAAAAAUUUCAUUUAAAUCCUAUGAACAUUUAAUCUCGUUCUUGAGAUCAUUUGUUGACGAGAAUCUCGGACACAGACCGACAGAUGGACAGACGGGUUGAUCGGUGGACAAACCCAAAAGCAUAUUGCCUUCACCACUUAGUUGUGGAGACAUCAUUAAAAAAAAAAAUCAUGAAAUCAGUUACAAGAAAGGAUUUUGGAUAGAUAGAUACAUUGUCCUGAAAAGAACAUUAGCAUCGUGGAAAAGCAGAUUUCCCAAAAAGAUGUCAUGUUUGAAACAUGGAUUUUUAAAAUAUAUAUUUUUAGAUUUAACCCAAAGACUAUACUGUUAGAAAAUUAGGAAAGGAUUUUUUUGGUGGUCCCUUUGAGGGAACCUUUAAAGGUUCUAUGUGCACUUGACUACAGUACAAUGUCAUUCGGGCGUUUUGAUAUUUUUUGGCUUAUGUCUCUGCAUCUCUGUAUUAGUUUGAUUUUAUCUUUGUUUAUGUGGAUGUUGAACUGUUGUCUUUCAAAAUAAAUUUAAAAAAUGCUGGUGUUUGUAUCCAUGUCUCCAUGUUUGUGACAUUACUAUUAAAAUAGUAAUGCGUUCCCUCUCGCAAUCUGCGAUCGAUUAGCGACCGACGUUUCGCAGUUCCAACUCAGCGUGGCGCAAGGUCCCUUUCCAGAACCUUCACACUAACUGUUCCUCAGUGGUGGAACGCACUUCCAAUCUCAAGCCGGACCGCAGAAUCUCUCACCAUCUUCAAAAAACAGCUAAAGACCCACCUCUUCCAUGAACAUCUAACCAACUCAUAAUAAUAAAAAAUAAAUAAAUUAAAAAAAUAUUGCA